CGUACCAAAAAAUAUUCAGAGCUAAUAAUCUGAACAACACAUAUUACGGAUGUCUUUAACGAGCAUUAAUAGUUUACUUUCAGGUUUGGGAAAACCCACAAAACGGGGUUUAAAAAAGUGCUUCAAAUGUGGGAAAUUGAACGGCACCAAAAGCUUAACAUGUAAGAAUGUUCAAUGCGGAGUUGUUUUGAGGGCAUCAGAGGAAAAGGAAAAAAUUUCUUUGGAUGCCGUAAAGUUGAAUACGGGCACAGUUAGACAAAUAUAUUCCGUACGGGUGAGAGAUAUCGGUUCAGACCAUAGAGGUUUUGUACAAUUACCGCUGAGGAAUACGUCCACAGAUGAGGAUAAUUUAUUGACCGACGUUGCUCUGUGUUUCGUAGAUUCGUGUCAAAGAUCAUUCGAUAACUCCAUAUUAAAAUGCCACGAAGAAGACGUCGAGUAUGAAGGUAACUCAUUAUGCCAGCACAUCAAAGCAGCACUAGAAAGUUGCGAGGCGGCAAAUCCCAUUCAUAUCAAACGGGAUGUGGUACAAAAAUUGCAAAUCUCAGAAGAUAUUCAAAUGAAAUUAUUUCUGUUAUCUGGGGAAAAAGUGGGUCCCUUGGUGCAGCGAGUAUCGAAAAAUGUGAUGGCCGUAAGAUGCCAGGUAACUCCUAAACAUCCACUUGGAUACUUGCAUUUUACGUUUACUAAUGCUAAAGGUAAAGAGACCUACGACAGAUAUUCCUGCAGCUGUGCAGAAUUCGUAUUUUCCAAUAGAGACAAAUCAAACACUUCAAGAUAUAAAUGUAUUCAUUACUAUGCUUGCAUUUGGGCCCUUGCGAGUAAUGAGGAAUAUUUAUCCGAGUUUGGCGGAUUUCUGAAUUAUGAAAUUCCAUUUACAAGCGCACCACAGUCACUUCAAAUUGACGACUUUAAAAACAGCACUAACGAAAAUAUGGAAUCAUCUGCCCAAAAAUUAGAUCAAAAAAGAAAGAGAGUAACAAAAAAAUUAUAUAAAGGUGUUGAUUCGAAAAAACGAAGAAAUUUAAUGCCGAAAAUAUUUCCUGUUCAAAUAAAAAUAUUAAAUGAUUCAAUGGAAGCUAGUCCUGAAAAUACAGAUGCUACUUGGGCGUUCACGGAAUGGUUGAGCUAUGUGACUGAAUGUAUAAAUAAAACGAUGAACUUUGGAAGUUGUGGACUGGUUAAUACACAAAUUUUUCACAUUCCCGAAAUAUUUUACAAAAGCUUCAAGGCAAAAUUUCCAUUGGUGUGUUUGGAAAAUCAAGGAAAUGGGAUGUCCAAUGAAGAAUAUUUUCAUAUAAUGAAUAUUCUGCACGUUAAAGAGAUUUUCGACACACCACAGGUAAAACUGUGUUUAUCUAAAAAGUUUGUACACAGCAAUUCAAAUGGUCUUGUGGAAGUGGAGAAGAAUGAAUCAUCCGCGGAUUACCCAUCAAGUUUUAUAUUAUUUCUGAACGUGGGCCAAUCUACAAUUGACGAAAUUGACAACACCAAUAAUUCGUUCUUUAUAGAAUGGCUUCCUAACAUCACAAGUGUUACCAAAGUGGGGCAGCUUAAACUACAAUAUAAAUAUGGAAGGAAAAAUAUUGUGAGCAUUUAACAUUGAUGUAAAUUAGGAACUUGUAAAUAAAAAGACAACUAAUGAAAAUUA